GCGGCGCGCGUGCGCAGUGGGUCUUGCCCCGGGACACAAUUCAAUGGCGGCGAGCAGCAAAGGGUUGGGGCUGGGUCUCCGCCUCUGCUCGCGGCUGGCGCUGGUGACAGGUGGUGGGAAUGGAAUCGGCCGCGCUGUCUGCCAGCGGUUCGCUGAUGAGGGAGCCUCGGUGGCAGUGGUGGACAUUGAUGAAAACUCGGCCAACGAAACUUUGAAGAGCCUGCGCUGCGAUGAGCAGAAGCACUCGGUGUUCCUGACGGAUGUGACCUCCCCUCAGAGUGUCCACAGUCUCGUGUCAUCAAUACAGGAGCAGUUCUCCCGACCUCCCUGCAUAGCUGUGAACUGCGCCGGAAUCACCAUGGACGCUCUGCUGCUGAAGAUGGAGCCUGAAGCUUUUGAUCGCGUGUUGAAGGUUAACGUGAUGGGCACGUUCCUGGUGAUCCAAGCUGUUGCCAAAGCUUUAAUAAACAGUGGGACCAAGAAGGGCUCCAUCAUCAACCUGGGGAGCAUUGUGGGGAAGGUUGGAAAUCUGGGACAGGCAAAUUACACGGCAUCAAAAGCUGGAGUAGUGGCUCUGACAAAGACCAGUGCAAAAGAGCUGGCCAGGUUUGGCAUCAGGUGCAAUGCCAUCCUCCCAGGAUUCAUUGACACGCCAAUGACUGCCAAAGUGCCCCCGAAAGUACUGGACAAGGUUUUGCAGUUGGUGCCCAUGGGACGUCUGGGAGAUCCCUCUGAAGUGGCUAACGUCUGUGCCUUCUUGGCCUCUGACGACAGCAGUUACAUCACAGGAGCCAGCCUGGAGGUGACAGGUGGUCUUUUCAUGUAAUGCUGUGCAACACGUGUUGGAGACCAAGGAGUGAGGUGAACAGAUGACUGGACUGAUUGCUACAAUGGAUCACAAUCGUUAGGAAUAAUUUCUGAGGAAUAGGAUUGCCUUCCUUCUUUCCUCACUUUUUGGAAAAUCAUUUUGGUGGUGUUAAUCAGAAGAUACCCGUUCUCUGACACCUCUUAUACUGGGCUGUGUGUCUCUCACAUUGGAUUGUGUUCUUGACUGUGCAGGGGAAUCUCUAUUGAUGAGGCUGGGUUAUGUUAAACUGUGAAGUUGCCUGAUACUAGGGUGGAACGGAAAAUGGCACAAAUGCUCAGCAGAGUUGUUAUUUCUAGUCUAUCUUUCAUCAGUCUGGUCACAAGAUAAAGUGAGUCCAGCUGUUACCACAGCUCCAGUGACCCAGGUUCCUCCUGACCUGUACGGCUCUUCUUGUGACUUAUGUCGGUUUCCUCCCACAUCUCAAAGAUGUGCAGGAUGGCAGAUUUAUUAGCCAUUGCAAAUUGUCCCCAGUGUGUGGGUGAGUGGUAGAAUGUGGAAAGAAUAAAACAGAAUUUGUGUAGGAUUAGUGUUAACAGUCAGUGCAAACUCGGUGGGCUUGAAAAGCCCAUUUCCUUAUUAUCCAUAUGAAAAGUUAGCUGCCAUCUUUCCACAGAUAUUAUCUAAAAUGCUGAGCGAUUCCAGAUCACAAGAUUCUGCGGAGACUGGAACUCCAAAGUGGCACACACAAAGUGGUCAGGCAGCAUCUACGGAGGGAAAUGAACAGUUAACAUUUUGAGCCGACAACCUUCAUCAGACUGGGAGGAAAGAAUGCAAAAGCCAGAAUGGGAAGACGGCACAAACCAGAAUAAGAAGGUGGAGGGAGGAGAAGGCAAGUGAUAGGUGAAAUUAGGUGAAGUGGAAGGUGGGUGGGGGAGAGGGAGGAAGUAAGAAGCUGGGAGGUGAUAGGUGGAGCAGGUGAACAAAGAUUUCCCCCAAUUUGACAGCACAAACAUCUAUUUCUCCAACUUCCAAUAAUUUCUUCCCCUCCUCUUUUUCCAUUCCCCAUUCUGGUUCCCCCUUCUCACCUGCCUAUCACCUCCCUCUGGUGCCCCUUCUCCGUACAUUCUUCGAUGGUCCACUGGCUUCUAUCAGGUUCCACCUCAAGCCGUUCACCUCUUCCACCUAUCAUCACCCAGCUUCUUACUACAUCCCCCUCAGCUGGCUUCAACUAUUACCAGCCAGUUUGUAUUCCUCCCCCCCCCACCCCCGCCUUACUUUGGCUGCAGCUUCUUACCUUUCCAGUUCUGAUGGAGAGUCUCAGUGUCAACUGUUCAUUUCCCUCCGUAGAUGCUGCUUGACCUCCAGCACUUUCAGUGUGCAGCUCUGUAUUUCCAAAUCAUUUUUUAAUUUCAGUUUUCCAGCAUCUUGUUUUGUGGGGAAGGAAUGUCACCUGUCCAGAGCUGCCACAUCCCGCGCAUGUCUGUCUGUAUGAUACAUGCUAUCUGCUGGGGACCCAUGGCUCAGUUCCUACUAUUUCACGACUGUGAAGCACUGUGCUUUGUUUACAGUGCACCCUUUGGAAGCAACAAUCACCUCGUGACCAAUUGAUGAGCCUCCUGUAUGUGGAAGGUGGUGUCAUUUAGAUCUGUGGGUUGACAUGGCUCCAUUAUGAAGUCGAUGUUUAUCAGUGUGAUCCCUGGCCCAGUUACUGCUACAGUAGGUGUGGAUUACUGUCUACUAAGUCAGGGAGGUUGGUGUUCAUCCACCCCCACCCCAUGAGUCCCCUAUUACAGAGGUCCGGGGGGGGGGGUAGACUGCCCCACUUUACCAAGAGGCUCCUGAGGGUGAGCUUCUGGUGCACCUGCUGCAAUUCAGUGAUAGGCAGGGUAGUUGGUUGUGGACGGGGCGUGGGUGACACACAGGAACGGGAUAUGUUCUUCAAUGUAAACUUUGCCUGUGUGUGUGUGUGUGUGUGUAUGUGUGUCUCUAUGUGUGGAUGGAAUGUGUAAGUACAUGUGAAAGCAACAUGUCAGCCUUUCAAUUUGUGUCCACUGCUGUGUCUCUUUAACCAUACCUCUCUGGAUGCCUUAAUUAUAAAAAGAUUUGGUGUUUUUAAGCCACUA